AUGAAGAUCGCCGAGGACGCGGACCAAGCCAAGGAUGUAUCCGGGACCCACUUCGCGCGCCGCACGUCAGUCUCUUCAAGCGGCACCUCCAAGUACCAGGCAAACAAGCAGGCCCCGCGACGUGACGAUGGACCACGCAAGCGCCUGCCACCGCUGACACCGGAGGAGCGCCAGCGACUGAUGGCCGAGGGCGCCUGCUUCCGUUGCCGCAAGCCCGGCCACGGCUAUGCUCAGUGUCCGGGAAACGGCCCGCUUCAUGCGUCAUGGAGGCCACCACCAACAACCGUGCGGAAGCCUCGACGAUCCAGCCGCCUCGCACAAAAGGCGUACCUACGAGCAUGGCAAGACAACCCACUGCUGGCCAUGACGAGACAGCCCCCGCCAAGCCUCCGCAAGGAGCAGACCUCCCGCCGCGCGGGCGCUGCACGACCGGGACGCCGGAACGGAGAUACCGAUGGAGACGACGGCCAGGAGUACUCCUCCAUCACCCUCACCGUUCGCACCGCACCCACAACAAGAAGCCAGCCACCGACCAACUACCUAAGCGCAGUUACCACAGCAUCAACCCCGGCCUACGUUCCCCAACUACGUUUUCGUGCAACGAUCAACGGUGUCCCAUGCAACAUCCUGUUGGACUCGGGGUGCACAACCGACGUGGUGGCCGAGGAGUUUGCCUUGAAAAACCUUAGGGUGACACAGGUACGCCAAGACACACAGGUCACGUACGGAGACGGAUCCCACGUCUCCAGAUCGAGCAUGACAACGGCUACCCUCAAGGUGCAAGGCCUGACGACGACGCGGGACUUCCUCGUAAUUCCAAUUGGGGGAGUCGACGCCGUGUUGGGCAGACCUUUCCUCAAGGACUAUGCUGCGCGCGUUGACCACAUCAAUGAUCAAGUUCACCUCACAGAUCCCACCAACCCACGACAACCACUGCGUAAUCCGGCACCCAUGGAGCACAGCAACACAGACAAGGAACUGGCAGGCCGCGUCACUCUUCAAACAACACCAGCCACGACACGGGACGACCGCGACAACGACCCAGCACUGUAUCUGAUAUCCGCAACAGCAGUCGGCAAGGCGGCACGCGACCCAGACCAGCAACUGUUCCUAAUCCACGUGCGUCCGGACGACAUCCUCAUCGACGAGCCUCAAGAACUGCCGACGCUCAAGGACCAACACCCGUUCGUUAAGGCUUUUCAAGACGUGUUCCCAGAUAAGCUGCCAGACGGUCUGCCACCAGAACGAGCAGUAGAUCACAAGAUUCCCACGACAGAGGACCACCGGCCUUAUGCGCGCUCCCCUUACCGCCUGUCGCCACGCGAAAGGGUUGAGCUGAGGCGCCAGCUGCAGGAGCUCACACAGGCCGGCCACAUUCGACCUAGCUCAGGUCCAUAUGGGGCGCCGGUGCUGCUGGUGAGGAAAGCCGACAACAGCCUCAGGCUGUGCGUCGACUACAGAGCCCUCAACCGUGAAACGGUGCGCGACGCGUACCCGCUUCCGCGGAUCCAGGACGUGCUAGACCAGCUGGCCUCAGCCACAGUCUUCUCGUCACUGGAUCUGAGAUCGGGCUACCACCAAGUGAGAGUGGCUGAGGAGGACGUGGGCAAGACUGCGUUCAACACCCCGUACGGAUCGUUCGAAUGGUUGGUUCUUCCGUUUGGUCUCACGUCCGCACCAGGUACCUUCCAGAGGCUCAUGAAUGAAGUUCUUCGGGACUUCAUUGGAGACUUUGUCCAGGUCUACCUCGACGAUGUGAUCAUCUACAGUCGUAACAUAGACGAGCACAAGGACCACGUGCACCAAGUACUCCGCCAGCUCCGCCGCCACCGCCUGUAUGGCAAGGCGUCCAAAUGCCAGUGGGCGCAAGACCAGAUCAAGUUCCUCGGACACGUCGUGUCGGGACGCGGAGUGGAAACGGACCCUGACAAGAUAGCAGCGGUCACCGAGUGGCCUCAGCCCAAGAACGUGCGCGACGUGCGCUCGUUUCUCGGAUUCUGCAACUUCUACCGCCGAUUCGUCAAGGACUACGCAUCGGUGGCCGCCCCCCUCACGGAUCUCAUGCACAAGGAUAGAGCGUGGGAGUUCAACGACAAGGAGCGCAGUGCUUUCGACGCGCUCAAGACGGCAAUGACAACGGCACCUGUGCUAGCCUACCCCGACGCAAGCCAGAAAUACGUCGUGCAGACCGACGCCUCGGAGACAGCAGUAGGAGGAGUCCUCAUGCAGAAGGGCCGUCCGGUUGCUUUCGAAUCGCGACGAUACAGAGGAGCCGAACAGAGAUACGACGUCAGAGACAAGGAGGCACUGGCAAUUGUCCAUUGCUUGAGACAGUGGCGCCAUUACCUUUACGGAGCAGACUUUGACAUCAACACCGACCACAGAACAUUGCAGUACCUCCAGACGCAGAAGGACAUCAAGCCGAGACACGCCCGAUGGAUGGAGCUGCUGUCGGAGUUUGGACGACUCGACAUCCAGUACAUCCCAGGCAAGCGUAAUCAGGUGGCUGACGCCCUCAGUAGGAACCUCAUGGACGUCAACCUCGCGACGAUCUCAACCUCGUCGCCGACCAGCGCCCUUUUGGAGCAGAUCCGCCAAGCAACACGGAAGAUGCCAGGCCGGGAGCGCCAGCGCCUGCAGCAGCCACGUUUCAGCGAGGAAGAGGGCAUCUUCUACCUCACCCAGCAACAGCGACGGCGAGUUUACGUCCCCAGAGACAACCGUCUGCGCACCAAGAUCCUGAAGGAGGCCCACGACGCCUCAACCCGCGGACACCGAGCAGCUUCUCAAACGCACCUGUAUGUCAGCCAGCGCUUUUACUGGCCGAACCAGCUGCAAGAUGCAAUCAAGUAUACGGCGUCCUGCGACCAAUGCCAACGGAACAAGUACGACACCAGAGCCAAGGCCGGCCUUCUUCACCCGUUGCCGGUGCCGCCACACAACUGGCACACGGUAUCCAUGGACUUCAUCACCGGGUUGCCCAGCACUGACGGCGGACUGGACGCCAUACUGGUGGUCGUGGACAAGCUCUCAGAGCGCACCCACCUGCUUGCGACGACUAAGACUGUCACGGCCCAGGAUACACCGCGGCUUUUCUUCAAGGAGAUCGUGCGACUACACGGGGGUGCCGGCACACAUCGACUCGGACAGAGA